AUGCGAGGUGAGUAUAAUGGUCUAAAGGCACUGAUUUUGAAAGAUAAUGACUGCGCGUAUUUUGUCCACUGCUUUGCUCAUCAACUGCAUCUUGAUGUUGUGGCUGUGGAAAAAAAACAUACAUAUGUAGAAGAACUUUAUGUCGUAAUGAGUUACUUGGUGAAUGUGGUAGCUGGAUCAGCCAAACGUCAAGAUAUGCUUCGUGAGAAGCAAGCUGAGGCGGUCUUUGAGGCACUAUGUAGUGGUGAGAUAUUAACUGGGCGAGGCCUUAAUCAAGAAAGUACUCUUAAACGAGCUGGUGACACGCGUUGGGGUUCGCAUAACAAUACGAUAGUAAGCCUGAUUAAUAUAUUCUCAUAUGUUAUAACACUUUUGGAAGAUUUAGCAGUGGAUUCUGAUAAGAAAUUUGAAGCUAAGGUUCUCCUAGAUUCUUUGCAAAAUUUCAAUUUUAUUUUCAGCUUGCACUUGAUGAAAAAGAUUUUGGGAAUUACAAAUGAUCUGUCAAAGGCAUUGCAGAGAAAUGAUCAAGACAUUGUCAAUGCUAUGAAAUUAGUUACAGUAUGCAGGGAACGCAUCCAGAUAAUGAGAGAUAAGGAAUGGGAUUCAUUGUUGUCAGAAGUAUCCUCUUUUUGUGCAAGGCACCGCAUCAAAGUUCCUGAUAUGAAUGAUGUGUUCCAACGGGAGGGUCGACCAAGGCGUAAUACUCAAGAGGUAAAUAAUUUGUAUCAUUAUCAAGUUAAGUAUUUAUACACAGUCAUAGAUAUGCAACUUCAAGAACUAAACAAUCGCUUCACCGAGACGAACACUGAAUUACUUCUUUCGGUGGCAUGCUUAAGUCCAAGAGACUCAUUCUCUGGAUUUGACAAAGAUAAACUGAUUCAUUUUGCUCGAUUUUACCCAAGAGAUUUUUCUCCUACUCAACUUGUGUUACUAGAAGAUCAACUACUAAAUUAUAUUGCGGAUGUAAGGUCCAGCAAUGACUUUUCAGAAUUGAAUGGAAUUACUGAUCUCGCAAUCAAAAUGGUAGAUACUAAAAAGGAUGAAGUGUACCCUUUGGUUUACUUACUUCUCACAUUAGCAUUACUUCUACCAGUUGCUACUGCCACCGUAGAAAGGGUGUUUUCUGCUAUGAAAAUUGUAAAGAAUCGCUUGCGUAAUCGAUUGGGGGACGAAUGGAUGAAUGACAUUUUGAUUGGCUACAUUGAGAGACACUUAUUCGAUCUGAUCGGAGAUGAUAUUUUCAUGAAAAGGUUUCAGAAUAUGUGCAGUCGUCGCGGGCAGACAUAG